GUCCAUUGGGAGAGCAGGUGCGCCAUGCCGCUGGGCAUGGAGACGGGGGCCAUCUCCGACCGGCAGAUCUCCGCCUCGUCCGUGCACUUGGGCUUCAUGGCUUUGCAGCGCUGGGCCCCGGAGCUGGCCCGCCUGCACCGCUCGGGCAUUGUCAAUGCCUGGACAGCCAGCAACUACGAUAGGAAGCCCUGGAUCCAGGUGAACCUGCUGCGGAGGAUGCAGGUGACGGGCGUGGUGACGCAGGGCGCCAGCCGCGCAGGCAGAGCCGAGUACGUGAAGGUGUUCAAGGUGGCGUACAGCCUCGACGGGAAAAAGUUCAAGUUCAUCCAGGACGACGAGAACUCAGGAGACAAGAUAUUUACGGGGAACGUGGACAACAGUGGCCUGAAGGUCAAUAUGUUUGACGUCCCUCAAGAGUUGCAGUACGUGAGGCUGAUGCCCGUCGGCUGCCACCGGGGCUGCACCCUGCGCUUUGAGCUCCUUGGCUGCGAGUUGAAUGGAUGUGAUGAACCCCUGGGCAUGAAGGACAGAACCAUCCCUGACAAGCAGAUCACGGCCUCCAGCACCUACAGGACCUGGGGCCUGAGUUCCUUCAGCUGGUAUCCCUACUACGCGCGGCUGGACCAGCAGGGCAAGUUCAACGCCUGGACCGCGGAGAAAAACUCUGCCUCCGAGUGGCUGCAGAUCGACUUGGGCUCUCAGAAACAGGUGACCGGCAUCAUCACGCAGGGGGCCCGAGACUUCGGCAACAUCCAGUACGUGGCGGCCUACAAGGUGGCCCACAGUACUGAUGGCCUGAGAUGGACCGAGUAUAAGGACCCGGGGGCCGAGGGCAGCAAGAUCUUCCCAGGCAACUUUGACAAUAAUUCCCACAAGAGGAACAUGUUCGAGACGCCCUUUAUGGCUCGUUUUGUGCGCGUCCUGCCCGUGGCCUGGCACAACCGCAUCACCCUCCGCGUGGAGCUGCUGGGAUGCUCGUAGGUCCAGCUGACCGGACCGGAUGGCCUGGUUCUCCUGACCUUCUGUGGUCCUGCUGCCUCCUCCACCCACCGCCCGCCUGAUUGUAGUGCCGUGGGGGGCGGGGAGGGGGGUGAAGAUGUCAGUCACCUCUCCCUCCCUCUGUCCUCCUCACACCUCACCUCCCACACGCCCGCCCCACCUCCGACCUGCCCCUGGCGCCCAGCCCUCAUGCCAGGUGAGCCCCAGGCAAUUCCUGGCCCUGCCAGGACUCCCUUUUCUACACUUGAUCUUGCCAAAAGGCCGAGAGCCAACCCAUCCCGUGUUCUUAGGCGCUGUGGGAGUUGAGUAGGUCUGGGAUUCCAGCCUCUGUCGCCCAUAGCCCGCCUCCCACCCCCCACAUUCCCAUGGCCCUGGAGGAAGGGCCCCGAGGCUCCAGGCUGGAGCUAACGGACUCCUGCCGCUCAGCCUGGAGGCAUGAUGCUGCCAUUCCCGAUGCCGCCACCCAGCCCUCUGACACUCCCACAACCUCCCUGGAGACCCCUCUUGACCCUUGAGCUGCAGCCUAGAAAGACAGCAGGGGGUGGGGUGGGUCCGUGGACAGACAGGGAGGAGGUGGGCGGGCCUGGGCGGCCCCCCAAUGCACAGGCAACUUCCAAAAUAUAUUUAUGUCACUGCCUGGA